AUGGACUUGGCUCCUGGCCAUAGCAUCGAGGAGGCCGUUGAGCUUCUGCGAGCUGCAGACUUCCGUCUGUUCUGCAUUGAGCGUCGUGUGUCCACUCUUGAAACGCAGAUUUCUGAGCUGCGUGAAGUGCAAAGACGGCUUAACGCUACAGUGCUUCGUGUGGAGGCGCUGGAACAAGACAACGCAGUAAUCAAGCAUUGCUUUUCUUCGACACAGCCAGGGGUCAGUCUUCGAUCUGAAGUAGCAUCUCUUAACAACGUGGUUACCCAGAUUGUGGACUCAGUCAAUCGCUUGGAGCCUGAGUUACAGCUUCUUUUGCGUUGGCGGGAGCGCUUCACUUCCGCUUUGCAGGCCGAGCUUCAGAACUUAGGUCACCAGCUUUGUGUGGUAGCAUCGCAGCUCGAGCUUGCUGCCGGUGUCAGUUCGGCGAUACAGCAGGCUCCGCAAGAUGCUUUGCCCUCGGCCACUCAGGCCUUUGCUCGGCAGCGGGCUCGUUUUGCUGCGCUGAUUCGGUCGGAUGAUUCUGUGCGUUUUGAGGCUUUACGUAAGAUUAAGACCCUGACUUUACUUGAUCCUGCUGCAUCGGAGCUGGGGCGGCUUCUCAUCGGCAAGGCCGCUAUCUUGUCUGACCCUGAGAGACUUCAGAAGUCCUUUGCUGACACGUUCGCUACAAAGAGCACUGCAACAUUGGCCAAACGAGCUUCCUCUUUCUGGAAGUUUGCCGAGUUUUGCUUGAUGUUCGAUUCUGGCUCGCCCUUUCGAGCGAGCGAGGCGGCUGUCUAUGCAUAUAUCCAGGACUUGCAGGCCCACGGAGCUCCUACAUCGGCCAAGGCCUUUCUUGAAAGCUGGAAUUUUCUGUCAGCGCUGCUGGGUUUCGCAAAACUUGCAGGCCAAUCUCCUUUGUCAGGCCGUGUGCGAGGAGCUGCUGCAGCGUUGGCGGCCACUAAGAAGCCGCUGGUCCAGGCCUCACCAUUGUCAGUUCCAAUGAUUCGGGCUCUGGAAAGGAUUGUGGUGAAGCCUCCGUAUCCUCAUUGGCGUGUGAUUGCUGGGCACAUUCUUUUCUGUGUGGGAAGCUGUUCUCGCUUUUCGGAUACAAUCCACCUCAAAUCUUUGGAGCUUCAGAGUGCGGGAACCGUGCAUCUUUUGGAAGCAUCGUCUGCAUCUUACAAGACUGGUACUGGCGAACGGAAGACCAUACUUCUGCCGCUGCUCUGCCUGGGAUCUUUCGUGUACCCCACGAUUUGGGCGCCGCUGUGGAUGGAAGCCCGAACUGAUGCUGGCCUCGGCCUCAAUCCGUCACUGCCUGCAUUCAGCGAAGCCUCGCAGUCUUGGUUGGAGCGUCGCAUGUCUACUGGUGAGCUUACCAUGUACCUGCGUGAGUUCCUCGUAGCCAGCGUUUCUUUGGAGGACCGCCGCAUUGCAGGACACCACUUGGACCCUGAUUCCCGGUCCCCUCUGACCUACAGCCGUGACGAGCUGUGGGUGGGAUGGGUGGGUAGCUACUCCCUGGCCAAAGGGCUUGCGGGAGUGAAGAUUCCGAGUGUGCCGGGACAAAGCUGGGAUCAGAAACUCUCUGAGGCGAGGGAAGCAGCUUUGGCAAAGUGGCUAGGGAUUCUUGAAAGGUUCCCUGACGAUUUCGGUCUUUCUCUUUCGAUUCGGCUAGAUAAGGAGAACGGGCGAGACUCUGACUUGAAGUCUUCCUUGCAAGAUGUGUUUUCUCAGAAGGCGAGCGUCACGAUCUCGGGCCGUGCUGGGCCCCUUGCCAGGUACAUCAAGCACUGCCGAAGUUGCCAGGUCAUUCCUUUCCCUGUCACUGAAGCAGGGAUCUAUGCUUUCCUACAGGAUUAUGCAUCUCACGAGGCGCCCACUUUCGCCAGGAGUUUCUUGAGCAGCCUUGCUUUUGCAAAGUUCACUGUGAGCUUGAAGGUGAGUGAUGAGGUCUUCAGCCCCAGGGUCCGUGGGCUGUCGUCGAAGCUGUAUCUUGAAAAGAGGAAGACUCGGCAAAAGCCGUCGCUCAAAGUUGAUCAUGUGCGGAAGUUGGAGGCUAUCGCUUCCGGCUCGAUCGUGCUCGAGCCUUCAGACCGGGUCGCUGCUGGCUUCUUCGUGUGGACCUUGUAUGCACGAGCGAGGUACUCGGAUGCCCAAGCUGCAGGUGCAAUGACUUGUGACUUAAGCGAUACGCCGGACGGCACAGUCGGAUACCUGGAGUCCGCUGUCGAGCGAAGCAAGACUUCGUUCUCACUGGAAAGAAAGGUCAGGUAUUUGCACAUGUUUGCUCCCAUCCAAGGUAUAGGUGAGGUGCCCUGGGGUGUCAAGUGGUUUGAGUUCUAUAAGGAGCAUGGGCCUCCUUUGGGGUCGGGCAAGCCCUUGCUUCCGAGCCCGCUCUCUGGCGGAGGGUGGCAAACAUCGCCGCUGGCGGUGGCGAGUGCCACGAAAUGGAUGAAGUCACUCUUGAUCCGUGCGGGUUGUGACAGGUCUUCCGUUGAACCGCUUGGGACGCAUAGUCUCAAGGCAACGACCUUGAGUUGGAGCGCCAAAUUCGGACUACCCCGCGAGGUGAGAGCGGCCCUAGGCUACCACGCCCGGGGCCGUGACGGGACCGAGCUCAUCUAUGGGAGAGACAACAUGUCUGCUCCUGUGCGCCAGCUGCAAGGGGUCCUGCUCGAAGUGUCGCGCGAAAGGUUCAUGCCGGACGCCACCAGGUCCGGUUACUUCGUGAAGCGCUUUGAAGAUCCAGAAGGGAUGCCCAUUCCUCCUGAUGAGGUUUUGACGGAAUCUUCUUCCGAGGCCAGCGAGGAUGCCGAGGAUGUCGAUCAUGUAGCUGCGGAGGCGGCCACCGACGAGUUGGGAACAGAGACAGCCGUUUCAUCCAUGCUGUCGCAUCCGAAGAAGGCGACAAGUUCAGAUGUGGGCCACGAGGUGCGGAUUCGGGAGUGUUCUGAGAACUUUCAGCGAUUUGUAGGAGUUUCACUAGCUCGGUUCCUGCUCCUGACGAUGGCUAACUACUCUGAGAGUCAAUCGGUUCUGCAGUCGCGAUUGAGUGUCGUGGGUUUCGCAGAAGAUGACGUUCAGAAAAUCCUGCCAGAGGUGGGAAACUUGAGGAGGCUGGCGUUCAUUUCUUCUUUCACACCUGGCCAGACUGACGAGGGGCCGUUGAUGCAGGUGUUGAAAGACAUUUUGAAGCGAGACUUGACAAUUGCAGACAAGGCUAAUUGGCGUGCGGUCUACAAUGAAGCUUUUGCCAUAGUGACCGCGGAAAUGAAGCAGAGGAUUGAGAAGGCCGACCCAGAGUCGACCGUCCGGCCUUUGUCUCAGCCUGAGAGGUCGGAGCGGUACGAGCGGCAGGCCAAGAAGCUUGUUGGGAUUUCACUGAAAGGGCCUCUGGAGCCUGCCGAUGCACUUGUUGAUCUUGCUGUGGCUUCCUAUGAGGCAAAUGAGCUGAGGUACAUUCCGUGGGACCGGUGUGUGUCCAAGGAAGCUGAACUGGCUGGCGAGAAGAAACGCGAUGUCAGGUUCACUGUUGAGGAGUCUUCGGGAAAGCUUCGGAUCGAGCACAAACAGCCUGAUCUGGUUGCGGAUACUUCAUCGGAGAUUCUUGUUCAGCAGGCUCUCACCAGGAGAGCUUUGGCCAUGGAUCAGGCGAACCUGAUCGAGUUCAGUGUUGCUGAUAAGUGGACUCAACGCUUGAUGAAGGCCCGCAUGCAAGCGCCUGCGGAGCAUUUUGCCAGGCCCACUUGGAAGCAACUUGAGUCGGCGGAUCGGCAGCUGUUUGCCGAGCUUCGUGAUAAGACCAGGGCAGGAGUGCAGACCGUCGCAUCGGGUCGCCCGUUGGACACACUUCUGCCAGAUGCGAUGUACAUGAACGAAGUGUCAUGUUUAUUGCAACCUUUUCCGGCCCCUGCCCUAAAGGAUGUUCCCCAGAAGCCGGAUGCUCCCAAGUGGGAGAGGCCUUCUCCUUACAACAAAGGUGGAGGCAAAGGAAAGAAAGGAUGCCCUACCAAAGGGCAGAAGUGCGAGAAAGGCCUGCACAUUUGCGCAGGUGCGUCGCUGAUGGCCGGUGCUCCAGAGAGUGUGCAUCAGCCGGCAGCGGGAGCCUCACAGGUGGAUGAUCUCCUAGAGGGAGUUCAUCGGCCGAGCAAUGCAUGCGCCGGCGGCUCUCCUCCGAGUGGUGUGGAGUGUCGUCUGCAGUCAGGUGUUGAUCGAGAGGAUCAUCACAUGCACAACGUUGGCUCUCACAGUGCCAUCUCCAGGCCAUCACCAGGUGUGGUGGAGGCCGCACGCAGCAGGUCCCCGAGGCCCCGUGAUGGGGCACAGUCGCAGAGAGGUUCUUCACUUGACGAGGGUCAUGUGAGUGCCGCCGAUGUUCUGCGGGUUUUCGAUGGUCUUCCUUCGGAUGCCUUGAAGAGGGGUGCCGAUGCACCUCUCCCAACUUCGAAAUCUUAUGCCACGGGAGCGUAUGUUCUUGGUGGUAAUGUAGGCCUGAAGGCCAAUGCCUCAGCCAACCCGGAGGCGCUCAAAGUCUUUGCAAGGUUUGUGAGACAGCGUGCACCGGGGUUUAAGUUUUCUUCGAUAAAUAUAUUUGAGGAUGUUCGCACUGAGCGCCAUCGAGAUCAGUGGAAUGCCAACUUGCAUAACUUGGCGAUUGCACUGACUGACUUCUCAGGUGGAGCUAUCUUUGUGGAGCAUGAAAACGGUCGAGAUGUAUCCGACCUUAAUGGGGCACGAGGCUCUCGCUUGCAGGUUGCUAAGGGCCCUGUCCGAUUCAAUGCCAGACACAAUUGGCACUACACCGAGGCGUGGCAGGGCCGUAGAGUCUUGCUGGUUGCAUUCACCAUCCGUCAUGUCGAAUCGCUGUGCAAGGAACAUCUUGACUUUCUCCGCGAGUGUCAUGUUGAUGUUCCGGAAUGCGCGCCCGAGGGCGCGCGGUUGGCGCCUGCUGAAGCGUGUGCUCGUCAGCCGCCAUCCUUGACCUCCCCCGCAGCUCAGGAGUCGCUUAGGCCCUUGCCCGCUUCGGUUGUCCCCGCCGUUGACCCUAAGGAACCUGUGAGCGACCCUGCUAGUCCCUUAAAGCCCGGUUCUGCUCUCUAUGUCGAGAUAAAGUGUGGGUCCGGAUUGCUGCCGGCUCGGGUGCGGCGGGACGGAUUUCAAAUCAUAGCGCUUGAACAUUCUCGCCCCGCUGGGCGAGUGCACACUCACCUUGUCCCUGUGGACAUUGAAACUGAGUCGGGUUUCUCCUUUGUGCAGACUGUCAUCAGCCACGAUGCCCCUUUUCACGUGCAUUUCUUUCCUGCGACCAAGGAUUGUUUUAAGGCUACUUUUAGCGCCGGGCAAACCAUUCGCAUCGCCAAACUCUUGCUUGCAUCUGAUUCGCAUUGGAGUGUCUUGCAUCCCCUGGCGUCAGCCCUGUGGAAACAGCUCGACUUUCCCGACAACCUCCAUUGCGUAGACUUCUGUGCAGGUUGCUACGGGGCUCCCAGUCCGGUCAAAAUGCGUCUGUGCACAACCCAGGCCGCGCUGGCUGGCAUGCCGGUGCCAGCAUGUCGUUGUCGCCCCGGGCCCCACGCUGCGGGCUCGCUUGCACCAGAUGCCUUGUACACAACCAAGUUCUGUGAUGUGUUUGCUGGCCUCCUGCAGCUGGCGGUUGGCCAGUCUGGCCUCUUACUUGAGCACGCUCUUCCUCUGCAGAGUUCGCGGCAUUCUGCCGUAGCAGCCGCUGGGCGGCAGCCUCGAUUGUCAAAAUUCCAGCCGCAGAUCGCCGAGUUUAAGUGCCAGGCCACGGUCCGUGAGUUCCCGUGGCCCCUUCCUUUGGAUAAUAAAGGCAAUCUCACAUGUGUGCCUUCAGCAGUUACCUUUGGCAUUUACCGCACGGAACAAGAGUUUGUGGCCCAGGCAUUGCAUAUCGAUCAUCCCUUCGACUUGUGCGUGGCAGUCCCAGACUUCAUGUUGAGAGCGUUGGCUUUUACCUUGAAAGAGGGCCCGGUUGGUGUGAUGAAGCACCGUCUGAAUUUGCUCCAGCAGUGGACUUCUUGGAAACGCGAUUUGGCCGGUGCCGAAGCAAACCUGCAUGCUGCCAUGGAUCCUGGUGUGGCUUCUGUUAUGAAGGGCAAGAACAUUUUGCUUUUGGAAAAAAUUGCAUCGUCUUUCGGUUGGCCUGACACUGAAGUCUUCGAACACCUUAAGCAUGGGUUUCCCUUAGUGGGGGAGUCGAGUCCUUCUGGCAUCUUCGAUGUGGAUAGAAAACCGGCUCUGAUGACAAGGGCAGAGCUUGUGCAGCAUGCUAAAUUCCUUAGGCCUGCGCUGUGGGCGAAGGUGGCGAACGCGGAGGUGGAUGAUUUAGCUCGGGAAGUGUGGGAUUCCACACAGCAAGAGAUGCUAGUCAAGGAGUGGCUAACCGGACCUUACUCGUGGGACGAGCUGCAGGCCCGUCAUCCAGAAGGCUGGCUUCCAGUGCGGAGGUUCGGCAUUGUGCAAAAAGCCAAGACGCGGUCGAUAGACGAUUUGGCCGAGAACUCUGUAAACUGCGCCUAUGCUGUUUCCGAUCGGAUUUCUUUGAGGGCCCUUGAUGAAUUGGUCUGGCUUGCGAUCACCCUCUUUAAGAUCUUCAUUGCAAAAGGCGAGGUGAGCAUCCCUUUGUCGGACGGCGACCAUCUUCGCUUUCCGGUGCAUUCUUUCUGGAGGGCCCUGAAACCCGAUGCGCUUCAGCCAAGCUUGAAAACAGUGGACUUGAAGAGUGCUUAUAAACAGUUGGCGGUUUCUCCACGAGACCGCUGUCUGAGCAUAGUGGCCAUCAAGGACCCGGUCUCGAGGCUUCCGUUUGGCUUCGAGAGCCGAACCCUUCUGUUUGGGGCCACCUCGUCGGUGGUUUCAUUCAAUCGCGUUGCGAGAUUGCUCCAGAGGGUUCUGGUUGCCUUGCAGGUGCUCGCCUGCAACUACUUCGACGAUUACCCGGUUUUAGAGGUCUUGCCGCUUUGUAACAACACGCAGUCGACUGUCAGAGCCGCGUUGGACCUGCUGGGUUUCGCCUGGGCGGAAGACAAGGAUCUUCCCUUCAGCCAUGAGGCUGAGCUACUAGGCGUUCGGGUUGACCUUGGCAGCUUUGGGGUAGUUAAGAUUGGGAAUAAGCCCGAACGUGCUACUGCCAUCGCUGAGGCGGUGGACUCCGUCUUGAGUGCGGGCCAUCUUGAUCCGAAGACCCUGCCGUCUUUGUUCGGUCGCCUCCAGUUUGCCGAGGGUCAGCUGCACGGGCGAUUGGGCAGAUUGGCACUGGCCGACCUUAGGGCGUGCACGAUGAGUUCUCAGGCCAAAACCCUUGAUGCCACGGCUGUGCAGGCCCUUUGUAAUCUUAGGUCCCGGGUUCUUGGGGGUACCCCUAGGAUAGUCCCGGCUUGUGUAGGGUCUCGUCGUUCUGUGAUUUUCACAGAUGGAGCGUACGAGCCGACGAAUGAAACUCACCCCGCCACUGUCGGAGGAGUCUUGUACCAUUUCGACAACGGCGCGUGGUGCACUUUCUUCUUUGCAUGUGCUAUCCCUUUGAGCGUUGUACAGAGCUGGGAGGCUCUCGGGAAAAGGCAUUUGAUAGGCCCAGUUGAGAUGUAUGCAGUGGUAUGUGCGAGAGAAGCGUGGGCAAAGCACUUGGACAUGCAAAGGGUGACCAUGUAUGUGGAUCACUCCGGAGUGUUGGCCUCUUUGGUGAAAGGCUCUUCGAAAGACCCUUUGUGGAGGCAACUCUUGCUGAUCUUUGAGAGCUGCGACGCUGAGGCGAUGCUCCCUUGGUUUAGCCGCGUUCCAAGUGCAAGUAACCCGGCCGAUCCUCCUUCGAGAGCUAAGUCAAUCUUUCCAGUCAGGGGGCAGGUGUGCAGAGUGUCGCCUCGAUGCCCGAUCAAAGGCAAUGCCACGAUUGAUCUCCUUCUUAAGUGA